AUGUCGAAACUCGUGGUUAUUGUUGGCGUCACGGGCAACCAAGGUGGCAGUGUCGCAGACACCUUCUUGCUAGACCCAAGCUGGCGAGUUCGAGCUGUCACCCGGGACCCCUCAAAGUCUUCGGCUCAGGAAUGGGCAGCUCGAGGUGUCGAGCUUGUGACAGCCGAUCAGGAUGACAUCGAUACUCUACGAGCUGCCUUCGCCGGUGCCCACGCCAUCUUCACCAUGACGGAUUUCUGGACUCCUCUGUACGACCCUGUUGUGAGAGCUGCGGCUGCGAAGCACGGGAUCAUCGCCCAACAGUACUGUGCCGAGUUGGAGACGCAGCGCGGCAAGAACAUGGCCAUCGCCGCUGCCGCACCCGAGGUACAGAAAACCUUGGAGCGGUUUAUUUAUAGUAGCUUGCCGGACGCGACGAAGCUAUCAGGCGGCAAACACAAGCAUGUCUGGCACUUCGAUAGUAAAGCCGCGGUGGAGGAGUUUGUCCGCCACAACCCAGCCAUGGUUAGUGCUGGGUUAAGCGGCAAAGCUAGCUUUAUCCACGUUGGCCUUUACGUCGACAACUGGCGUCGCUCAUCAAUGGAGCUACAGAAGGAUACUAAUUCCGACGGCUACCAUCAUAUCAGCACUGGAGACGGACACCAAAAGAUGCCAUGGGUCUGGACUCGGCGAGACACUGGUCCGCUUGUUAAGAAGCUCGUCGAGGAUGUGCGGCCCGGGGUGAGACUGCUUGCUUACAACGAGAUGAUCAGCUAUAAGGAUUUCCUCGCGAUUUGGUCUCGUACCUUGGGUACAAAGUUGGCCAGCGAUGGGGGCAUCAAGCAGGUGACAAUGGAUGAAUUCGCUGAGUUGAUUCCAGGAGAUGAGCAUGCCAAGGAGCACAUGAUCAACAACUGGGAGUUCUUGGAAGAACUCGGGUACGACGGCAGUAACCCAGAGAUGCUUCACCCAAAGGAUAUCAACGCUGAACAUCUUUUGACGACUGUCGAAGAAUACAUCAAAUGGGAUAAUUGGAGCCCCCUAAUCGGGGAGCAUCAGCCUUGA